GUGAGAUGUACAGUAACUUCUCCUUCUUCAUUAUAUUUCAAAUAAAGUAGAAGCCUUUCUGAAGAGCUGUGCAGCAGGUCUGGACGUGAGGAUGAAGAACGCUCUGCUCUGCAUGCUGGACUUUUUCUUGCUCUGGUCUUUCAUCUCUGCACAGGAUGAUGCAAGUAAACCCAGAGCCACAAUGACAGCAAAGAAAGACAUCAUACCAGCAGGGGGAGAUGUAACUCUAACCUGCUCUGUGUCCAACUCUGCCGGCUGGAAGUUUGACUGGUUCAGACAAGAGUCACAGUCUUCUGAAGCUCAGCCUAUUAGAACCAAUGUACCAGAGAGAGACCUCAGAGUCUCAGAUGGAGGUGUGUACAGCUGUAGAGGAGGAAGAGGCGAUCCAAUUUUCUACACUGAAACCAGCAAUCAAGGAUCUAUAUGGAAAACUGCUCCCAUUAAUCCCAAAGUAACUGUGCAAGCCAGUUGGUCUCCGAUAUUCAGAGGAGAGACAGUUACUUUGAGAUGUGAGAUCCAUGGAGGUGAAGGAACUAAGUGGUGGUAUAAUUGGAGACCAACCAGCAGAAACUCUCCAACAUCCCGUGAAUACAGGAUCAUUGCAGCAGACAGUGGCAGAUACAGCUGCAGAGGAAGAGAAAGCUAUGUGUUAACUCAGUGGAGUGAUGAUCUCUCAUUAACUGUUUCGAGUAAACCCAGAGCCACGCUGACAGCAAAGAGAGACAUUAUACCCGCAGGGGGCAGUGUAACACUUACCUGCUUGGUGUCCAACUCUUCUGGCUGGAAGUUCGACUGGUUCAGACAGGAGUCCGAGUCUUCUGAAACUCAGUUUAUUAAAAACAAUGAACCAGAUGGAGUCCUCAGAGUCUCAGAAGGCGGUACAUACAGCUGCAAAGGAGGAAGGGGAGAUCCUGUUUUCUACACUGAAACCAGCAAUGAAGUUGCAAUCUUUAAAACUGAUCAAAUUGUCCCUGUCCUCUCUGUGUCUCCAUCAUGGCUGAGUCCUGGAGCCUCAGUGAAUCUGAGCUGUGAGGUUAAGCCUCAGUCUGCAGGAUGGGAGUUCUUCUGGUAUAAAGCUGUUCCUGAUUUAUCAUCCACAUAUUACACAUUUGAGCAACUUCCUGGGAGCGAGAGUGGAAGCCAACAGAACCUCUACAUCAUUCAUGAUCAAACUUUCACAGCAGGAUAUGUGUGCAGAGCAAGAGGAGAUACAGCAGAGUUCACUGCCUACAGUAAACCAAAGUUUGUCUGGUCUGCAGAUCCUCAUCCAGCAGGUUCUCUCUCAGUGAGUCCUGACAGAGUUCAACACUUCAUAUCUGACUCUGUGUCUCUGAGCUGUGAGGGAAACUCUGCUGAAUGGAGAGUGAUGAGGAUUACAGAAACAGUUCCACUGUCAAACUGCUCUAUCUUUGGGAAUAUGAAUAGAUCUACAUGCACCAUUCACAUAGACUGGCAUCAUAGUGGAGUGUACUGGUGUGAAUCUGGAUCUGGAGAGCUUAGCAAUGCUGUCAACAUCACUGUACAGGCUCUGUCCAGUCCUGUCAGCUCUUUAUUUUCUGUCUUGCUAAUUGUUGGACCAGUUAUUGGAGUCAUUGUCAUCAUUCUCCUGAUCUUCUUGUGGCACUGCAGACGGUCCAAAGGUUUGCAAUGUUUCAGAUUGAACCAAUCAGAGGGCAGCAAUGGGGCAUCAGCAACCAAUUGUAGAGGGAUCCAAACUGACUGUCCUAUUUACAGUUCUAGGUUUCAAGAUGACUCCUCCAUCUAUGAGAACUUCAGAAUUUCUGGAAAUGCAAUGAAUCCUCAUCAUCCAGCAGAAGACUCUCAUUAUGCUAAUGUUAAACCAGGUAAUUAAAGCUGAACGUGGACUUCAGAUGGUCAACAUCUACAUACUGACAUCACCAGAAAUCGUCCCCAUCAGAAACACAACUGAGGACUGUUAUAAUGAUAGGAAGCAUCAUUCUGUUUAAUAAUUACAGUAUGUUUAAAAAAAUUUCCUGCCACCUUCAGAGGUUACGCUCAAAGUUUAGGUAUUUUUCUUCGUGUGGAAAAAAAUAUUAGUCCAAGCUUUCUUACUUUGUAACAGCAUCGAAAUAAAUAUCUAAAACUGAUAUUGACCAUGAUCACAAAGCUGUAUUUUAAAAUUUAAGAUCUGGUUUCUGUUUAAGCUCCACUGUUACCUUCAAGAGCAUGUAAAGUAAAAAUAAACGUUGGUUUUUACACUAUAGAAAUGCGUUUUACUAAUCAGGCCUCAAAAUAUAAAUGAUUAAAAAUGCAACUAAGCAUAUAAAAUUAGGUCUCAAAAGUAAUGAAAAAAACUCAGAUUAUUUCCUGAGAUGCUGGAGGCUUGUCUGCUAGGGCCUCUGAAACCAUGCCUACAAGAUAUUGUAUUUAACUGCAAUAGUUUUAAAGACAAAAGCAUAUAACAUUUACAUUUAGAUUUUUGAUUCAAUGGGAUAAAUGGAGGCUUUACACAUGUGUGACCCAUGUUCAAUAAAGAAACAGAGGAGACACUCUACUUUCUGACAGCAGAAACUGGCUGUAUGCUGGUGGAGGGAGGGGCAGGCUUACUAAUUGUAGGAGUGGAUAAAUUCAAAGUGGUCUAUGCAUAUGUUGUCACCAAAGUACAAGAAAAAGUAGGUAGAUUUCUUUGUAGUUACUUAUUUGAAAAAAAUAUGCAAAAAAAAAAAAA